AUGGCACUGCUGAUACGCUGCUUAGCGCGCGCGGUACGAGCACCAGCGGACAACUCGGAGAUACUCAACCCUGUACCGUUGGUAAACAUCAGCGUUGUGGAAGGAAAGCCAGCCGAAUUACCAUGCGACAUCAGUCCACCUGGAGAGGACACCCUGCAUAUGGUUUUUUGGUUCAAGGACGAGGCCGGAGUACCCCUGUACACGAUCGAUGCCCGAGAGAAAUCGGUCACCAAAGCGCAACACUCUUCAGACUCCGGCGUGUUCGGGCCUCGAGCGUAUUUCCGGACCGCGUUCCCGAGCCCCGCGGUUCUGGUGAUCGAGGACAUCAAGAGGCACGACGCGGCCACUUACAGGUGCAGAGUGGACUUCCGAAAGGGGCAGACCCGUAGCUUUCGCUACAACCUGACCGUGAUCGUGCCGCCGGAACAGCCGACCAUUCUGGAUCAAUGGGGAAGGAUAGUGAACGGGACGGCAGGACCUUACGAGGAAGGCGACACACCGUCCCUGACUUGUCGCGUCACUGGAGGUAAACCAGAGCCUAUGGUCCGGUGGCUCAUCGACGGCCAAGUCAAAGACGAGGAGUACGAGAAGAACGCCGGCGACGUCAUCGAGAACAGGUUGACCCUACAAUCCAUCGGUCGAUCCGACCUCGGAGUGAAUUUCACUUGCCAGGCACGAAACACGGACCUGAUCGAGGCGAAGGUGUCCUCGAUCACCCUGGACCUUAACCUGAAACCUUUGACGGUGAUCAUAAGAAGGCCAGGGAAAAAGGGAGUCGGGAACGAGUCUUUGCUGGCUGGAAAACGGUACGAGGUGGAAUGCGAGACCACGGGAUCGAGGCCGCCGGCGGUGAUCACGUGGUACAAGGGACGAAGAAGACAACUGAAGCACACCACGGAAGAGAGAUCGGAGAACCGUACGAUGAGCAUGGUGGAGUUCGAGCCAGGCGUAGAGGACCACGGCAAGUCGAUCACCUGCAGGGCCGAAAAUCCAAACGUGACGGGACUGUUCGUGGAGAAAUCCUGGAAAAUCGACGUCGUCUAUCCCCCGAUCGUGUCGCUGAACCUGGGAUCGACCCUGAGCCCCGAGGACAUCAAAGAAGGCGACGACGUCUACUUCGAGUGUCACAUAAGGGCGAAUCCGCCGUGGUCGAAGCUGACGUGGAUACACGACAACCAGAUCCUGGCGCACAACACGUCGGCGAGGAUAAUCUGGUCGAAUCAGAGCCUGGUGCUACAAAGCGUGACGAGGAGCAGCGCCGGGAAAUAUGUCUGCGCUGCGACGAACGACCUGAACGAAACGAGGAGCGAGCCCCUUCAUUUUCGCGUCAAGUUCGCACCUGUCUGCAAGGAGGACCGAAUUAUCGUGGUCGGGGCGUCUCGGGGCGAGUCACUGGACAUCGCUUGCAGAGUGGAGGCCGAUCCACCGGCGCACAAUUUCCGAUGGAAGUUCAACAACAGCGGGGAAACGUUGGAAGUCGCGCCGGGCAGAUUCUCGAUGGAGAAGUCGAGCGGCGUGAGCGUGCUCAGGUACACGCCGACCACCGAGCUGGAUUACGGUACUCUGUCGUGCUGGGCGGACAAUUUUGUCGGCACACAAGCGAGACCGUGUCUCUUCCAGCUGGUAGCCGCCGUUUGGGACGAUAAUCGAGGAGAGCCUGUAACACAAAGUCAAGGCGGCUCGAGCUCGAGGCCUGUACCGACACUGUAG